GCUCGCCUUCCCUCCCUCCUCCCCGGUGCCGCAGCUGGAUUUCGGGGGCAGGCUUCCAGCGCUGCCCGCUUGUUUUUCCCGAGCCCGGAGCUGUGCGGGAGUGAUUUCGGGAAGAGGGUGAGGAGGGAGCCGGCGGGACCGUCCUGGGCACAGGCAGGUGGAGGAUGAACGGCGAAGCUGAGUGCCCUGCAGACCUGGAAAUGACAGCUCCCAAAAACCAAGACCGCUGGUCACAGGAGGACAUGCUGACCCUCCUGGAGUGCAUGAAGAAUAACCUGCCCUCCAAUGAUGGGAGCAAGUUCAAAACCACCGAGUCCCACCUGGACUGGGAAAAAGUGGCUUUCAAGGACUUCUCAGGGGAGAUGUGCAAGAUGAAGUGGAUGGAGAUCUCUAAUGAGGUGAGGAAAUUCCGGACCCUCACAGAGCUCAUUAUGGACGCUGAAGAGCACGUGAAGAAUCCUUACAAAGGCAAAAAGCUCAAGAAACACCCCGACUUUCCCAAGAAGCCCCUGACUCCCUAUUUCCGCUUCUUCAUGGAGAAGCGAGCCAAAUACGCCAAGCUUCACCCCGAAAUGAGCAACCUGGAUCUCACCAAGAUCCUGUCCAAGAAAUACAAGGAGCUUCCCGAGAAGAAAAAGAUGAAAUACAUCCAGGACUUCCAGCGAGAGAAGCAGGAGUUUGAGAGGAACUUGGCGAGGUUCAGGGAAGACCACCCGGAUCUCAUCCAGAACGCCAAGAAAUCCGAUGUCCCUGAAAAACCCAAGACCCCGCAGCAGCUGUGGUACAACCACGAGAAGAAGAUCUACUUGAAAGUGCGUCCAGAUGCCACCACGAAGGAGGUGAAAGAGUCGCUGGGCAAGCAGUGGUCUCAACUCUCGGAUAAAAAGAGGCUGAAAUGGAUUCAUAAGGCCCUGGAACAGCGGAAGGAGUACGAGGAGAUUAUGAGGGAUUACAUCCAGAAGCAUCCGGAGCUGAACAUCAGCGAGGAGGGAAUCACCCGCUCCACCCUCACCAAGGCGGAGCGGCAGCUCAAGGACAAGUUCGACGGACGACCCACGAAGCCACCCCCGAAUAGCUACUCCCUGUACUGUGCAGAGCUGAUGGCAAACAUGAAAGACGUGCCCAGCACGGAGCGGAUGGUGCUGUGCAGCCAGCAGUGGAAGCUGCUCUCCCAGAAGGAAAAGGAUGCCUACCACAAAAAGUGUGACCAGAAAAAGAAAGAUUACGAGAUCGAGCUGCUGCGCUUCCUGGAGAGCCUGCCUGAGGAGGAACAGCAGCGGGUGCUGGGUGAGGAGAAGAUGCUGGGCAGCAACCGGAAAGGGGCAACGAGUCCUGCAUCGAAAAAAUCCUCACCAGAGACCGGCAAGGCCAGCUCAGAGAAGCCCAAGCGGCCCAUCUCAGCCAUGUUCAUCUUCUCGGAGGAGAAGCGGAAGCAGCUGCAGGAGGAGCGGCCAGAGCUGUCGGAGAGUGAGCUGACCCGGCUCCUGGCCCGCAUGUGGAAUGACCUCUCCGAGAAGAAGAAGGCCAAGUACAAGGCACGGGAGGCGGCGAUGAAGGCGCAGUCGGAGAAGAAGCACGGCUCCGAUAAAGAGGAGCGCGGGAAGCUGCCUGAGUCUCCCAAAACUGCCGAGGAGAUCUGGCAACAGAGCGUCAUCGGGGACUACCUGGCUCGUUUCAAGAACGACCGGGGCAAAGCACUGAAGGCCAUGGAGGCCACUUGGAACAACAUGGAGAAGAAAGAGAAGCUGAUGUGGAUCAAGAAGGCAGCGGAGGAUCAGAAGCGAUAUGAGAGGGAGCUGAGUGAGAUGCGGGCCCCUCCGUGCUCCACCAACUCCACCAAGAAAAUGAAAUUCCAGGGAGAGCCAAAGAAACCCCCCAUGAACGGUUACCAGAAGUUCUCCCAGGAGCUCCUGUCCAACGGGGAGCUGAACCACCUCCCGCUGAAGGAGCGGAUGGUGGAGAUCGGCAGCCGCUGGCAGCGCAUCUCCCAGGGCCAGAAGGACCACUACAAAAAACUGGCAGAGGAGCAGCAGAAACAGUACAAGGUGCACCUCGACAUCUGGCUCAAGAGCCUCUCACCCCAGGAGCGGGCUGCAUACAAGGAACACAUUUCCAACAAACGCAAGAGCAUAGGGAAGAUCCGGGGUCCCAACCCCAAGAUGAAGCCAACGAUGCAGUCCAAGUCGGAGUCAGAGGAUGAUGACGAGGAGGAAGAGGAGGAGGAAGACGACGAUGAAGAUGAGGAUGACGAUGAUGACAAUGGUGACUCGUCAGAGGAAGGCGGUGACUCCUCAGAGUCCAGCAGCGAGGAGGAGAGCGAGGACGGGGAUGAGUGUGAAUGCCGAGUAAGUCACCAGAGUCAAAGCUUUACACCGGUGCAACUGAAAUCAGAGUAUGCUGGAUGGCGCUGGGGCCAGAAACCGUGUCCGUGCCUUGUGCUCGCCACCGGACAGAACGACGAGGAUGAUGAGGAUGAGGAUGACGAGGACGAGGAUGACAACGACUCCGAGGGCAGCAGCAGUUCCUCCUCCUCCUCGGGGGACUCCUCCGACUCCGACUCCAACUGAUCGGCCAAGCUCUUCGUAAAGUCGUUUGGUUUCUCGGUUUCGGUCCCAAAUCCCCCCUGCAGCCCCUCCGAAUCCUUCCUCCUCUUCCUCCUGCCCCCCCGUGGGACCCCCAGUGCGGGGAGCGGGGGCCAGAGGGACCCCUCCACCAAGCUCACACUACGGAGGGGGAUCAGGGGCUGCUUCCCCCAGGCUGGGGGCGAAGACAGAGCCCCCCACCCCUGCCCCCUGCUUUACUCCUGAGGGGAAGCAAUUUUAUUUUUUGGAAUUUCACUCUUUCCAAGGGGGUGUCUCUCCAUCCCUACCCCCAUAACCCUCUCGCUACCAGCUCUGAACUUUCUAGAAAGAGAAGAAAAACACAGGAAAAAACCCAACAAACCAACAACACCCCCCACACCUUUUUUUUAAUUAAAAACGCCCAGAAAUGGGAGGAAAAUCCCCUCGCCCCUCCGGCAGCGGGCGCGGAGCACGAGCCGAGGGGCUCAGGACUCAGCCGAUGGGACAAUGCCUACUUGCGACCCCCCCCUACCUUCUGCGCACCCCCCCAGCAUCCUGGGCGUCCUCCCCACCCCCCAAAAAAUCCUUGUACAGUCUGGAAGCUGCCCUGGGAUCUGCCUGGGAACUCCACAUUCGCGGCGCUUGGGAGCGGGGCCAGGGACGGGAGCCGGGGCGGUGCCCGGUGUCCCCGGAGCCCCGCGGUGUCCCCGGAGCCCCGCGGUGUCCCCGGUCCGGGGGUGGCAGUGGCGUGGGGGGGUGUGGGUGUGUGUGAGAGCGUGUGAGUGUGUGCGGGGGGGGGCACCGGGGCUGCCCCCGCCAGGGGCCGGCGGCUCAGCGUGACCAAGGGGGGGCGCGGGGUCCCCCCCGCUCUGUUGUCGGUGGUUGUCGUGCUGUUGUAUUUUAUUUUUUAUUUUUUUUUUUGUUUUGUUUUUCCUUUUUAUAAACCAAGAAAGAUCCAUCUUUUAUUUUUCAUUUCCCCCUUCCCAUGUCUCCCCUGACCCCUUUCCCUUGGUCCUCCUCCCCCCAUUUUCCUCUCUGGUGAUGCUGCUCCUCUCCUUCCGUUCCAAAUCCUGGGGGGGGGAACCAGAGCUCCCCUUGCCCCAGUUAAUCCCAGUUACCACCAGUUCAUGUUCCCCCCCCACCCCCCCACCCGGGAGGGUCUAACCCCCCCGGGCCAUGCUGUAAAUAUUGGUGUGGUUUGGGUUUAUUUUGGGGGGUUAAUGCCCCCUCCGUGGGAGGGGGAUGGGGCCGUGGGGACCGGGGUGGGUGCAUGGGGGGCCUCUCAGGGCCCCCCCCCUUUUUUUAAGCAGACACGAGCACCAGCAAUCCCACGGCACCUCCUUGCAGGGUUCUGUCCCCCCAUCCCGUGCCACCCCCCAAAACCCCACCCAGUGUCAUUGGGGACCCCCCCCAGACCCCCACUCUAUUGUGUGGGGGGGGGCUCAAGAUUUGUUCUUUCUGCCCCCCGCCCCAGUCCUAUCCUUGGAGUGGAGCUGGGCUGGGGGACAGGAUUUGGGGUCCCCAGAGAAGGGGAUGGGGGACUUGGGGGGAUUUUUUCUCUAGGGCUGUAAUUUAGCCAUUUUUCUCUUCACCCAAAUCUGUGCAGGGUUUGGGGGAGCAGGAGGGGGGGGCCCUGCUGCAGAUUUAGGGUUUUGAGUCCCCACCCCCCCAGCUCCGUAACCCCCCCCAGGUUUGCUGCUCUCAGCACCCCAGAUCCAGUCCCCACGCAAAGACAUUGGGGACCCCCUCUAUGCUGAGGGGGAGGUGGGAGCAGCACCCCUCAUCCUGGCCUCAGUUUGGGCUGAAAAAACAUCAUUUUGGGCAAACUGACCCCAAAGCUGGGGGAAAGGGGGUGAACCCGGGUGCUCCCGCACGGACAAUCCCCCCGUGUCCCCCCGGGACCGGGGCCCCGAAGAGAACCCAGAUGGUGUCGUGUCCCCCCCACCCCGUCUGUCUGUCCGUCCCUGUUUCCCCCUCCCACUUCACCCCAAUCCAUUUGGGAUUUUCCUUUCAUUUUCUUCCCAAUUUUUAAUCGCCACCCCUCCCAAAAUCCCCUAAGGGGAACUCCCCCCAUCCCUUUUUUUCUGCUGAAUGUACCCAGCACUGUCGUGUUUUAGUGGAUGUGUUUUUAGUACAAAAAAAAAGACAAAAAAAAAUUUAACCCCACCUUUCCCCCCCUCUACCUUUUUUUCUGUUAAAAAAAAAGGUAAAAAAAAUGAAAUAAUAAAAAAGAAAAAUUCUUACAGCGCCGACAGUUUGGGAGAGGGGGAAAAGACGUUUGCGCUGCAAGAGAAUUCCUGAGUGCAUUUUGGCACUGCCACAAAAUCCCGGGAUCCUUUAGAUGGAAGUUCUUGUGAAUUACGUUAAAAAAAAAAGGCAAAAAAACACCAAAAAAAAAAAAGGAUAAAAAAAAUCAUCUUUUUUUUCUAAUAUUUAAAGAGUGUUUUUGUAGGUUUAAAAAAAAGACAAAAAAAAUGAAGAAAAAAAAAAAAAAAAAGAAAAAUAAUAAUAAUCCCGACUCGGAAUUUGUACGGCUGAGCGGGAUGCGGGGGUUGCGUCCCCGGUUUCCCGGGUUGCUUGGGGUUUUGGUUAUUUUUGUUUUGUUUUGUUUAUUUUUGAGUUUUUUGGGGUUUUUUGUUUUUCCUUUUUUUUCCUUUCUUUUUUUUUUGUAUAAUAAAGUGAAAAAUAAUGUU